GCCGAGUACAUUGUCAGUACCCGCGACAAUAUGACUGUUACCGCUCUGAAGUUUAAUUUUGAACCGAGAGAUGUUUCAGUCAGGAUAUGAUGAGCUGCUUGUUAGCCGUCGAGCUAAUUGCAGCUAGCUAUUUAGUUGGUAGGUUCAGGAUGACAGAGAACGACGUGGACAAUGAGCUGCUGGACUAUGAGGAUGAUGAGGUGGAGGCUGGAGGGGUUGGAGAUGUUGGAGGUGCAGGUGACAUAUUGAUAAGAAAGGAGGGGGUGAAGGGCUCCUAUGUGUCCAUUCACUCCUCAGGAUUCAGGGACUUCCUGCUGAAACCUGAACUGCUCAGAGCCAUAGUGGAUUGUGGGUUUGAGCAUCCAUCUGAGGUUCAGCAUGAAUGCAUUCCUCAGGCAAUCCUGGGUAUGGAUGUGCUCUGUCAGGCCAAGUCUGGAAUGGGGAAGACUGCAGUGUUUGUUCUGGCCACCCUGCAGCAGCUAGAGCCCGUCACCGGACAGGUGUCUGUGCUGGUGAUGUGCCAUACCAGAGAGCUGGCUUUUCAGAUCAGCAAGGAGUAUGAAAGAUUUUCAAAGUACAUGCCUACUGUCAAGGUGGCAGUGUUCUUUGGAGGGCUGUCCAUAAAGAAAGAUGAAGAGGUACUGAAGAAGGACUGUCCGCACAUUGUGGUGGGAACUCCAGGCAGAAUCCUGGCACUGAUGCGCAACAAGAUGCUCAAUUUGCGUCACAUCAAACAUUUCAUCCUGGAUGAGUGCGACAAGAUGCUUGAGCAACUUGACAUGCGCAGAGACGUUCAAGAGAUUUUCCGUAUGACUCCCCAUGAAAAGCAGGUCAUGAUGUUCAGCGCCACCCUGAGUAAAGAGAUCCGUCCAGUCUGCAGAAAGUUCAUGCAAGAUCCCAUGGAAAUCUUUGUAGAUGACGAAACCAAGCUAACUCUGCAUGGGCUGCAGCAGUACUACGUCAAGCUGAAGGACAAUGAGAAAAACAGGAAGCUCUUUGAUCUCCUGGACGCACUAGAGUUCAAUCAGGUGGUGAUCUUUGUGAAGUCCGUCCAGAGGUGUGUAGCUCUGGCUCAGCUCCUUGUGGAGCAGAACUUCCCGGCGAUUGCCAUCCAUCGAGGGAUGCCUCAGGAGGAACGUUUGUCUCGCUACCAGCAGUUCAAGGACUUCCAGAGGAGAAUCCUGGUAGCCACCAACUUGUUUGGACGAGGGAUGGAUAUUGAGAGAGUCAACAUUGCCUUUAAUUAUGACAUGCCAGAAGACUCUGACACUUACCUUCACAGGGUUGCUCGAGCGGGCAGGUUUGGAACGAAGGGCCUGGCCAUCACGUUUGUGUCUGAUGAAAGUGACGCCCGCACGCUCAACGAUGUCCAGGACCGGUUCGAGGUGAACAUCAGCGAGCUGCCAGAUGAGAUAGACAUCUCCUCUUACAUUGAACCAGCACGAUAAAAGAUUGGACUUCCAUUUGCUUUGCAGUUUCACUUUGAUUGAAGAUGCGAACUGUCUUUAUAUAUAAACCUGUAAGACAGCAGAUAUUUUCCUGAUCCUGUGCGUUUCGAAAGAAUCAAAGUGGUGGUUCGGCUCCCUCUGCAGGGAGGAUUCAGAAUAAACUUUAUAUAUUAUUUAUGUUUCUAAGGUCAGUGUUUGAAUUUCAUUUUGUUAUUGUUUAAAGAUAGUUGAUUUUUUUUUUCUUUUUAGAUGUGAGUGUAAGCUGAUUUAUUACCAGAGGUAGUUGUAGUACCGACAGUAGAGAAGCAAACUGUUUACUGUUGAGUGGAUUCAUAAAGAUGGUUUUUGCCUGGUAACGUCUCCUUCAUUCUUCAUCCUCUCCUGUAUCGCUGGUUUAAUUUAAAGCAACAGCUACACCCAUGAUUCAUGCUGUUGAAAUACAUGCAAAAUGUGGUUUGUUAUUGUCUUUGUGACACUAAAGCAAGACACUCAAAAAAAGACAUCUGUUAGCAUAGUUUUCUUUAAAACCACUAAAUAUCCCUCAGCAAUAAUGGUGCCUUCACUGAUAUGGAAGUUAUUAAUGGCAUGUGUACAAAUGCACCCCCAAACCAUCAUGGAUGAUUUUGAACUGCUGACAGGAAGCUGGAUUCCCUCUCCACUUUCCCCUACAGUACACAUUAUCCACGAUUUCCCAAAAGAAAUUUCUCACUUGUAAAAUGUAAUAUUACUAUUUUCAGUUAAAAUGAGUUUAUAAGAUUUCUAAGUCAUUGCA